AUGGCCUCCUCUUCAAAUGAUUUUGCGGAGAUUGACUCCAAGACGCAAGCAGUCUUCACAAAGAAGGGCUAUCAGUUGCAGGCAAAACUUGGUCAGGGUGCCUUUGGCCAGGUAUACAAGGCCAUCAACGUCAAAAGGGACAAUCAAGUGUGCGCUGUUAAGGUGAUGGACACCACAAAGAUGUCCUCCAAGCUAGUAGAAAAGUUUUUGCCCCGCGAGCUGGCCGCGCUAAUGGAGGUGAAUCACCCUUAUGCGGUGCGUGUCUACGACAUCUUUAAGAUGAGCAAAAAAGUUUUUAUUUUUAUGGAGUUUGCUGGCGGUGGCGAUUUGGCUGGCUACGUGAAGAAAAAUAAAGCCAUCAAAGAGGACCUAGCUUGUUACUGGUUCAACCAGACUUCACAAGCUGUCGAUUACCUCCACACAACUCAUCGCAUGGCACAUCGAGACAUAAAACUGGAUAACAUUCUUCUCAAUGAGGUUCGCCAGGUGAAGCUCAGUGAUUUUGGUUUUGCAAACUUUGUCCUCGACGAGUCGCAGGACAUCUACGAGUCAGUCAGCACGACUUUUUGCGGCACUUUACC